AUGGCAAUCAACAUGAACGUUCAUGAGCUUCUGGUCAUUGUUGACUCAGACUUACUGAUUCAUCAAGUUCAAGGUGAAUGGGCCGUGAAGAAUCCAAAAAUCACACCGUAUGUGCAGUACAUACAGAAGUUGUGCAAGAGAUUUCGCAAGAUUGAGUUCAGACAUACUCCCAGAGCACAGAAUGAGUUGGCCGAUACUCUUGCCACCAUUGCCUCGAUGAUCAAACAUCCAGAUACAAGUUAUAUUGAUCUAGUAGAUAUAGAGGUAAAAGAACAGUCUGUUCAUUGUUCGCAUACUGAAGCAGAACCAGAUGGUUUGCCUUGCUGCAAAGCUUCUGGAACUGAUACAUGCCGGAGUUGGUGGUACUCACAUGAAUGGGCUCACUUUGGCCAGGAAGAUCCUUCGAGCUGGUUACUUUUGGAUGACUAUGGAACAUGA